GGUCUUAUAUCAAGUUACUGUGGUCUAUUUUCGAAAACAAGACUCUGUGCUAGAAAAACUCUUUUUGUUGUGAUUCCUGGAAUUCUUCUCCGGACUUGAAACUUCGUUAAAACUCCCUGAAAAAGUUACAACUAACCAUUCUAACAAGAAGAAGGGGAAAAAACGUUUUGUUUCAACUUUAGAGAGGUGAGUUAGCAGAGAGAAGGUAGUUUCGACCAUCUUUGAUCUUAGAAACCCUCCAAAAAUGAAGGGAUUUCUUCCCGUGGCCAUCUUGGCUGCGCUUUGUUUGGUAGAAGCUCAAGCCCGUUCCAAAGACGACCUAAAAUGCGGAAAGUGCGACGUGGAAUCAUGCGUUAAACUCGCGACCACGGAGUGUCUGUCCGGAAUCGUGAAGGACGAGUGCGGGUGCUGUCGUAAGUGCGCCCAGAUGGAGGGGGAGCCGUGCGACCGGUCCCAGGAUCCGAACGGCUACGGUCCGUGCGGUGACGGCCUGGAGUGCACGUCCACGGAGUUCGGCAGCUUCUGUCUGUGUCAGCACAAGGAAAUCAUCUGCGGCAGCGACGGCGUCACCUACAGCAACCUCUGUCAGCUGAUGGCGGCGGCGGUGAGGUCGCAGCGGACGAAGACGCUGAAAGUCGACUACAGGGGACCGUGCGAUCCAGCUGCCAAGAUCAUGACUCCACCGGAGUUCACGCGAAACUACACCGGGGGUUCCGUGGUGCUGUCCUGCGAGGCGGUCGGGUUUCCCACUCCCCACAUGGCGUGGAUCUACACCCGGGCCGACAACCAGACGUACAGCAUGCCAGGUGAUGAUGAGAAGAUUCUCACGGCUUCCCGCGGCGGUCCAGCGCGGUUCCAGGUGACGGGGUGGAUCCAGAUCGAGAAAGUCGAGAAACACCACGAGGGAGACUACACGUGCGUGGCCCAGAACAAGCAUAAUAAAGAUUUUGCCAAGGCCAGAGUUAAAGUUCUACGUGUGGAAGAUGAUACGGAUGAGUAAUGCUGAUGUCUUUCGCUACACAAAGACGCUGCCGUAGUCGUAACCAAUCCCGCUGUCUGUCAUAUCUAGUGGGCGUUGCAGAGAGAUGAGCACCUGAAUGUCGUUGUGUAAUAUUCUAGGUCGUAAACUAGUUCAUGUGAUUUGAUCGCCAUUGUCGUAAACGCAACACGUCCUACAUUGGGAAAUAAUGCAUGAAUUUUGUAACGAACAUACAUUUAUCAUACAAUAUUUAAGGAUUUCUUAUUUUAUUCCGUCGCUUUAAUUAAAACAAACCAUAUUUUACACAAGUUUAAAAACAUGCGUAUUUACAUCAUUGUCUUUCUUUUUCAAUUCAAAAUCUAAGUAAUUUCAUGUGGUAUUCUUGAUUUUGUGUAUUUAUAUUUGGGAAACACGCAUUUUGUGAAACUUCUAAUGAAAGUAAUAAAUAUAUACAAUAAAGAGUUUCCUGAAUUAUGCAUUCAACAAAUGAGGCUGUGUUAUAUAAUAAAAUAUAUAAAAUAGAUGAAAAAUGUUGGUACAUCACUUGAACUAAUACAAUAUUUAGCAAAAAUGUUUGUAUAUAAAUGUAAUGGUAGUAUAUACCAAAAUACUAGUAUAUUGAUUUCAAAUGGUGCUAACAUUUUAUCUUUCUAUAGAGCUUAAACUGCUUUGUAUAGUUAUAUAGAUAUAUACUUAGUAUUACACGGUAUGUAUAUAAACCUAGAAUAUCUUGUAUAAUCUGGAAACGUGAUUUUUUUUUUUUAAUUUUAGGGGUUUUAGUUUUACUACAUUGCAUAAUCACACAAUCACACCUUCAAAUUUAGUUUUAAUAGUCCAUAGCGGCUGUAACUUGAUUUGUAAAGUCAUUGUGCUAUGUUAAUAACAAAACAUUUGUUUUUCUCUUCAUCGACUAUUGUUGUAAUAUUUGUAAAGUCAUAAUUUGAACACUUUUCAAAAUAACAAUGUUAGUAUUUAACAUUAAUUUCUAUCAUAAAUUGAUGUGAUUAUUUGGAAAUUGCAAACUUUUACAAAUUUUGUUGAUAAAUAGAAAAUUGCCAGACAAUUAUAAUUUAAGCGAUUUAUACCUUUGAAUUUUCGUUUUGUUUGGAAGGAGUAGAAAUAACUAAACAUUUAACAAAUGAUUUAUAUGUAUUCUAUCUAACUUGCACUUCAAAAGUUGUGUAUAAAUAUACCUUUUAGUUAUAUAUUUGGUGUGUUUUCUUUUGUAAACGUAUACGUAUAUAUCUUGUAUAUUAUUAGUUUUCUACUAUAGUGUUGUCGAUUCCAGAUGUUUUAACGUCUGCGAUGUUUCAACAACAGAAAUCCAAGUCUUCCAUUAAUUGAUGUUGUGAACUAAAUGCACUGGUUUUGCACCAUCUUUGACAACAUUAAUUUCUUUUUAAGUGCACAUGAAUACCACAUUAUCAAUAAAAUAUGUUUUUAAA